AUGAUCGUCAUCCAUGGAAGCCAAAACAACCGAGGGUUUCUUGUUGGAUUCGAGAAAGUUUCCGCUUUCGAUCGACUUGAUGCCGUCUUCAUCCUUCUCCUCGUGUUUGCUCCCCACUAGCUCUCUCAGAUGGAAUGGCAGAUCCAGCUAAUUAUGGGAAUCCUGAUCGCGAAACUGAGCAGGCCCUUCUUGCAUUGAAGAAAGGAUCCCAGCUAAUCAAAUAUAGUCGGAAAGGAAAACCUAAAUUUUGCCCAUUCAGAGUUUCAAGUAUUUGCAAAGACCAAGCUGAAGCAGAAGUGUGGUUUACAGGCCUUAAUGCAUUAAUCCCUUCAGGCCCACAGAGACGUAGUGUAGUAGAUGGGCAAAGUGAUAGAAUAUCAUGUUCUGAUGAUGGAGAUUUUGGUCGCCUUUAUGGUGCAUCAUUAGAUAUUACUUCAAGUACUAAUAGCCGUGAAUCUUUUUCAUACUCGAGAAGAUCAGAUGUGGGAUCAGACCAUGCAAAUAUGCAGCUAAGAAUAGUCUCUGGGGAUGUUGGUAGAGUCAGUGUUUCUAGUGCCCCCAGCUGUUCUAGUCAAGGCUCUGGUCAAGAUGACAUUGAAUCUUUAGGUGAUGUUUAUGUUUGGGGAGAGGUGUGGUGUGAUGGUGGCCCAUCAGAUGGAUGCUUGUGUUCAAAAACGGAUGCUUUGAUUCCUAGACCUUUAGAAUCAAAUGUAGUAUUGGAUGUUCAACAGAUUGCUUGUGGUUCCAGGCAUGCUGCUCUCGUUACAAGGCAAGGAGAGGUAUUUACAUGGGGUGAGGAAUCGGGUGGUAGGCUUGGGAAUGGAAACGAUGCAGAUGUGAGUCGACCUCAUUUAGUAGAUACAGUGACAGUUUGCAAUGUGGAGACAGUUGCAUGUGGUGAAUAUCACACUUGUGCUAUUUCUUCUGCAGGGGACUUAUUCACUUGGGGAGAUGGCACCUAUAAAAUUGGACUUCUGGGCCAUGGCACUGCUGUCAGUCACUGGAAACCUAAAAGAGUUUCUGGCCCUCUUGAAGGAGUUCAAGUUCUAUCACUUGCAUGUGGCACAUGGCACUCUGCGUUGACUACUUUCAAUGGGAAAGUAUAUACAUUUGGUGAUGGAACAUUUGGUGUCUUGGGACAUGGUGAUCGAGAGAGUGUUGCAUACCCCAGAGAAGUGGAAGCUCUGAAUGGGUUAAGGACCGUGAGGGUUGCAUGUGGAGUGUGGCAUUCAGCAGCAAUUGUUGAGGUAUCGGGACAAUCAGGUAUUAAUGUUAUUUCCAGAAAAUUAUUUACCUGGGGUGCUGGAGACAAAUAUCGGUUGGGUCACGGGGACAAAGAAGAACGUUUGAUACCUACCUGUGUCCCUUCACUUAUAGAGUACAACUUCCAUCAGCUGGCCUGUGGACAUGACAUGACUGUUGCCCUUGCAACAUCCGGACAUGUUUUGACAUGGGGAAGUACAGCAUAUGGUCAGCUAGGAAAUCCACAGUCUGAUGGUAAACUGCCUUGUGUAGUGCAAGAUAGACUCUCAGGUGAGUUAAUUGAAGAGAUUGACUGUGGAGCAUAUCAUGUAACUGUUCUUACUUCACGAAGUGAAGUUUAUACAUGGGGAAGCGGUGCUAAUGGAAGAUUAGGACACGGAGAUACUGAAGAUCGAAAGACACCUACUCUUGUAGAAGCUCUGAAAGAUAGGCAUGUCAAGAGUAUAUCAUGCGGUUCAAAUUUUACAGCAUGCAUUUGCAUUCACAAGUGGAUAUCCAGUGCAGACCAAUCAGUCUGCUCAGGGUGUCGACAAGCAUUUGGAUUUACUAGAAAGAGGCAUAAUUGUUAUAACUGUGGACUAGUACACUGCCAUGCCUGUAUUUCAAAAAAGGUUUUGAAAGCUGCACUAGCUCCAACUCCUGGCAAACCACACCGAGUAUGUGAUUCUUGUUAUUCCAAAAUAAAAGUUGGAGAGUCUGGUAUUUCCUCAACUCUGGGCAAGAAAAAUGCAGUUUCUCACCGAUCUACUGAUAUCAAGGAGAAGUUUCAUCGAGGAGGAACAAGAUCUUCUAGAGUUUUAUUAUCUACUAAUACAGGGGCAAUAGCUGCACCGACACCUCCUCCUCUUCCAGCCAAUGCCUAUUCCAAACCUUCAUCUCCAUUUUCUAGAAGACUAAAUGCUCAGCCUAUAUCUUCUGGAAGUUUCUUGGAUAGCCUUAAGAUGAAUAAUGAACAACUCGACAAGGAAGUUAUAAGAUUACAAGCUCAAGUCAGAAAUCUGAAGCGCAAAUAUGAACUUCAAGAGCUAGCAUUGAAAAAGUCUGAAAAGAAAGCUGAAGAAGCUACUUCUCUAAUAGCGGAGGUAUCGACUAAUUGCAGUACUGUAGCAAAAUAUAUCAAAUCAGUUGAACUACAGCUGAAGAAUUUGGCUGGGAAAGUUCCAAAAGAGGUGGGCGAUAACUUAAAAGCCAUUCUUAAGCAAGCAGAAUCAUUGUUGAAAGAUAAAGGAAGUCAUGCAUCAAAACUUCCUUCAUCCUUGAUGAAGUCUUCUGAAAAUGGUGUUGACAUCCAUUAUGAAAGAACACAGAACCAUAAAGAUAAGUCAGCUGUUGCUAACACCAGGGAGGCUACAGGUCAGCAGAAUAUUGAGAAUGGCUCUAGUGGUGUAGAAGUGACUGAGCAAUUUGAGCAUGGCGUAUAUGUAACUCUUGUUCAGAACCCAGAUGGUACGAGAGAUUUCAAAAGGGUCCGAUUCAGGUAGUCUCUUGCCACCGCUGUUUUUAUGCACACAUGCGCAUAUUUCACACCAUUUGAAUGUGAUAGAAGGACACUGCUUCUCAGUAAGAAAAUGUAGGGAACUAGAAAUAUUUAUUUAACCUACAGGUGUAACAAACUUCUUUCUGUUUCUUUUAGGUUUACCUUCUCAUCUUUUUUGUUCCAAGUAGCCAUGUAUCAUGUAUGUCGAGAGCAUUAGUCUUCUAUAACUAGCCAUUGGGACUGCUGAAAAUCUCUAGUCUAUAGAGUCAACAAGCAGUAUUUAGAGUUGGUCACAGGCAAUAAAUAAGUAAUAGAAAUAGAUAAAUUAAAUAUGUACAGUUUUAUUUUUUUUCCUUUUAAAUUAUCUAAUCUUUAUUGCAGAAAUUAGUAUGCAUACUAGUGUUAUACCCACGUGUUGCUGCGGGAAAUUUUUUUCAAGAUGAAUUAUUUACCAAAAUAAUAAAAUAAAAUCUAAACGAUAAACAUGUAAGAAAGUUAGCAACAAUUCUUUUUGCUAUGAUUUUAUCAUGCUAAAAACUUUAUUAUAGCCAUGAAUGUUUGAAUUGUGCUUUAAAUUUGUUAAACUUACUAUACACAUAAUGAGAACAAAAGAGU